AUGAAUUCUCAAUUUUUCAUGAAACAUGAUAAUCUUAAAAAGGAAAAAAACAAAAAUAAAGACAUUUAUUCUGAAAAAGUUAUAAAUCUUAAUAAUGAGAAAUUUCUUAAGAAUUAUCAGAAUUAUUUAAAAAAUAUAAAUAAUAAUUUUAUAUACACACAUCAUAAUAUUUUUAAAGCUUGUAAUCAAAAUAAUUUAGAAGGAAUUUUAUCACAUUACAAAUCAAGUAUAAUUACAGAGAAAUUUAAACAGAAAAUAGUUUGCGCACUUAAUUUUAAACUGGAAUUGCUUGAGAACUAUAAGAUGUAUAAAGAAGAUAAAUAUUUGAGGAGUUUAUUAAAGAUAGAAAACCACAUUAAAAAUCACAAAUUGAGACAGAACUAUAAUAUAAAAAUGGAAAAAAAAUUAUAUGAAAGAAAUAUUAGGGCUUAUAAAAAUUAUCAAAAACAUAAAUUAGAAAAAGAACAUUCAGAGAAAAGAAAGAAAAUGAAUAUUAUAAUUAAAUAUUUUAUAAAUGCAGCAUUCAGAUUAAGAAAAAUAGAAGUUAAUUUUGAUAAUUAUUUUUUUUAUGAUAAUAUGUUUUUUUUAGAAAAAUUUUUUUUUGUUAAGCAAAUAAAAAAUAUUAAUGAAGUACUUCAAAAUAAUGAACUUAUGAAUGAAGCAAAUCAUGUUAUGGCUAACCAUGAUAAAUUUGAAAAAAAAUUAAAACAUUACAAUGAAUAUAAAAGAUAUUCAAAUAAUUUUUAUACAAAUUUUAACUUUUUAAAAUCCUUAAAAAUAGACAGAUUUUUUCUCUUAAAUCUAAGAAAUACAUAUGUAGAAGAAAAAAAUGAUAGUAUCGAAAAAUUUGGUUAUUUAUAUAUGUUAGAAUAUUUACACAAUCAAGAAAUAUGGUCUUUUGUAAAUAACACAAAAUUGAGCAAGAAACCAAUUGUAAAAUUCAACAAAUAUUCAAUGGAUUAUAAAAGAAAAAUAUUGGAAAAUAUUCAAUAUAUAGAUUUUAAUUAUGCAAAAGAAAAGAUGGGUGAUAAAUAUUUCUAUUUUUCACAGGAUGAAGAUAUUGAAAAAAAAAUUAAGGAAUUAAGUAUUUUGAAAUUUUUAAUAUUAAAAACUUUUAGACAGUAUUCUAAUAAGAAGAAAUUUAAUAGAAAAUAUAAAUACCCAUUAAGAAUUAUAAUUACUGGAAAAAUAAAAAAAGAAAUUAAACAUUUAGCUAUAUGUCUGAAAAAAACAUUUUCACUAAAAAUAUAUGAUUUUAAUAAUAUAAAAAAAGAAGUCCAUUAUAUUUGUAGUAUGAAGAAUACACAAAAUGAAAAAAAAAGAAAAAUAUUAAUAAAGCUAAAAGAUAUAAUAAGAAAAUUGGAUGAAGAAAAAAUAGAUAAAAGAAUUUGUGAUAAUCUUUAUGUAGAUUUACUGUAUUAUCGUAUAAAAUAUGAUUACGAUAUGUUUUAUACAAAAGAACAUGAUGAUGAUGUGAAAAGAGAUUACCUGGAAGAAAAAGAAAUUAAAAACAUUAAGAAUAGUAAGAUGAAAAAAUCAAAAAAAUAUCGCGGUUAUAUUAUUAUUAACUUUUUUUUUUCACUUAAACAGUAUAUUUUGUUUGAAUUAAAAUUAAAGAAACUUUUUCUUUUUAACAAUUAUAUUCAUGAACAUGUAAAUUUUUUACAACAUAGAAAUAUAUCUAUUAAGAAAAAAAAGGAAAACUUUUUAAAAAAAUUUGCAAUGUUGUCAAAUAGUAAGUGCAAAAAUACUGUAAUACCUAAAAAAAUAGAAACAAAAAAUUAUGGAAAAAGUAAUAUAAAAUUAAAAAUAAAAAAUGAAGAAAAUAGAAAUAAAAAUUUAAGUGACAAAAAAGAAAAUAUUAUAUCAAAAAAAAAAUUGCACUUUAAUACAAAUUUUGAUAUAGAAGACAUAGAUAGUUUUACUGAAAAAAAUAUCUUGUUUUUCUCGAAUUUCUUAUGUAAAAUUGAAGAUUUUUUUUAUGAAAAAAAUAAUAUUUUGGGUGGAAUAGAUUUACAUUUUCACAUAGACAAAAACAUAAAACAAAUUACUAAUUUUUUAUUCAGAUUUAUUAAUAAAAAUUUUUCAUAUAACCUUGAGGAAAAAGAUAAUAAUAAUAAAAAAUGUGAUAAUGUAGAAAGUAAAAAUGACGAAAAAAAUAUUAUAAAAUUGAGAAAAAUAAGAAGAAAAGUGAUGAGAGCUGCUGAAAAUAUUCAGAUUUUUCAUUCCCAAACUUACAAAGGCAACUAUAAAGUUAUUUGUAAAAUUAAAAAAUCUUAUAAGACAUUGAAAGAUAAAAUAAAAAAAGAUACAAAUUAUGAAUGCUUUUCUAAAGGAAUUUUUGAUGAAAGUAAAAAAAUAUUUUUUUUAAAUUCUUAUUUUAUAAAAAAAGUUUUUCAUUUUGAUAAAAAUUAUAUAGAAAUAGAAAAAUUUUUAAAAAGUUAUAAAAGUUUAAAUUAUUCCAGAUAUCAUAUACUAAAAAAUAAUAUAUACAAAUCAUCAAGUAAUUUAAUAUCAAAAAUAAUUUCAUUAAUCGAAAAGGAUAAGAUGAAGCGUAAUGAUAAGAAAAGAAAAAAAAAUAGUGAUAUAGAAAAAAAUUCAUGUGAAAUUUCACAUAAAGAAGAAACAGACAUUAAUAAUAGUUUUGUAUUAAUAAAUCACAUAAAAUUAGACAGUAAUUUCUCCUACUAUUUCAGACUAAGAUACUGUAAUAUAAUAAAAGUUUAUAUUACUCAUUUAUUUAAUUUUUUUGUGUGGAAAAGAGUGUUGGAGAAAAAUAUUAACAAAGUUGUAAAAUAUAUACAUAAAAAUAUUUAUAUAUUCAUAGAUUACAUAAACAUUGAAGAUAUUAAUAAGUUCAUUCAAUUAUAUAAUGGUUUGGAAGAAUUUGAAAUUGAAAAUGAGAAAGUUAAAUUUUUAUUAUUGGAAAAAUUAAAUAUAAUUCAAAAAAGAAUGUGGUUAGAAAUAUUAAAACAAAAAAAUAAUAAUAAUAAAAAGGAAAAAAUUUAUUUAAACAAAUGGAUUAAUAUGCAAAUAUUUUUGUUAAUAUUUCAAAAUUUUUAUUUAAUUAAUAUAGAACAUCAACUCUAUCUCAACUUAGAUUAUUUCGUGAAUGAAUAUUUAUAUGCUUUAAUACAUAAUGAAAUAAUUUUUAAAAAUGAUAAAAAUAUGCUUAUUUUUAACUAUUUUCCUAAAAAUAAAAAAGAACUUUAUAUAUACGAUAAAAAUAAUUACUAUUUUCCUUUUUUAAAUUAUAUAAAAGAGAAUAUAAACAAUUUUUUGAUAGAAAGUUGUGAUUAUAAAAAAAAUUUUCAUAAAAAUAAAAAUAGUGAAUCUCAUAGUUCGGACAGUUUUUGUUCAAAAAGAGAAAAGAAAUUAUAUUACUUAGCAAAAGAAUUCCGUUUUAUUAAUAAUUGUAGAUUUUUUUAUAAAUUUCAUGAAUUAGUUAAUUAUUCAAUAAUAAAUUUAAGAAAGUAUUUCUAUAUUUUUCAAGAUCUAAAUAGUUAUAUUAAUAACUUUAUAACAUUACAUUAUUUAUGUGUGUAUAAACAAAUAAAUUUUACUUUUGAUACAUUAAGAAAUUUUAUUCAGAAUUCAGCACAUAUUCCUUUUUACUAUUUAUCGAUGUUUAAUAAGAGAAAAUUUCAAUUUGAAGAUAAAAUUAACAAAUUAAAUGAAAUAAAAUAUGAAAAAAGUAAUUUAAAAAACAGAAAUAAUGAAAAUAAAUAUAUUUGUAAUGAAGAGAGAAGGGAAAUUAACAUAAGUAGUAUUAAUAAAAUAAAUAAAAAGGAAAAAAGUUCUGAAGAGAAAUAUAGAUGUUUAUAUUCAGAAAAUGGUUUCUUUAAUAAUUUAAUCAGUUAUAAUAACAAUAAUGAAAAUGAUUUAUUUUUAAAAAAAAAUUAUAUAUAUAUAUUUUUGAACAGCAUUUUAAAGUAUAUUUUUAUUUUACAACAUUUUCCAGUAAUAUCUAAGGUAGAUUUAGGAAAUUUGAUAAUGGCUAGUUUAUUUUUUAUAAAAGAGAAAUCUGAAAAAAUAUAUGCAAACAUUCUAUUUAAGAAAAUUUUAAAUGAAUAUGUAAAAAAAUAUAGUAUUACAAUUAAUUCUUUUAUACUUCCAAAUAGUAUGAUUAAUAAUAUAAGUCUUUCAUAUACAUACCCAUGGAAUAAAAAAGAAGAGAAUCAAAAUAGUAAGAUGGGUAGAAUAAAAAAGGAUGUAAAGAAGGAGAUAUUUAAAAAAUGUUGCCUUCUUUUUGAUGAUAUAAGCACUGAAACUAAAAAUACUACUAAUAAUAAUGAAAUAAAAAAAAAUGAUUUAUAUAACAAAGAUAUUUACGAAAAUAAUAAUUAUUACAUGAAUCAAUUCAAUAAUGAUGAUGAAAUAAAAAAAACUAAUAAUACUUGGAUACAGGAAGAAAAUAACAUAGAUAAUUCAGAAACACAUUUAUGCUUACAAAGUUUAGAAUACUUUACAUUUAAAGAAUUUCUUCAUUUAGGAUUAUUUAAUUUUAUAAAGAAUAAAAAAAAAUUUACAAGAGAAGAAAAAAAAGUUUUGAAUUAUGAAAUUAUUUUGUUAAACAAAUUUAUUUUUAAUUACUUUUUUUAUUUCAGUAAAUUUCCUUAUUUUCAUGAAAAUAUUCAAAUUUACAUAAAAAACUAUUUAUUAAAAAAAAAUUCUUCAUUUUUUUCUUCAUUUGAAGAAGCUUUAAGGGAAAAAAUUCAAAACAUUGAUAAUGUUAAUAGUCAAUUAUUUAAAAGUAACAAAAAAGAAAAAAAAAAGAAUAUAGAGAUAAAUAAAAAAAUAAAUAAUUUAACUAGUAAAAGAAUGAAUUCUCUUACAUCAUAUAACGCGAAAAAAAAGGUGAUGGUAAAAGAAAUCUUAAUAUUUUUUCAUAAUAAAUAUGAUUAUAAUUUUUAA